AUGGGUCGAAUACGUAUUCAACUGGCUAGAGGAAGAAGUGUAGCCCCAGUUGUACCAAAAGGUACAAAGAGAAAGUUGGAUGAGUUGGAGGAGCUUGCCGAGUUGGCAAUGGAGUACCGCCGUGUGUACAAGCGCACGGCGGUUAACAAACCGUUCAAGAAGUCUCCCCUCGGUUGUGAAGAAGACGGGGAUCUCGGGCAGGCGCCAAAGAAACCUGCGCAAGUACUUUCAGUUGGUGCGGUAACCACUGGAACGAAGCGGGGCUGCCCCGAGGACUUUGACGAAGACGAACGCGUCCCAAAGCGCGUCCUUCGUCAGAUCCUCGCUGAUUACGAGGAACCCGUCCAGAAGGGCAAGACGGGCCUUCCAUUGUCGAAGGCCCUCUACAGACGGGUUCUGAGUCAGGAGACCCAGGCGGCGGCGGUCCUGGCUAUCACAGGGUGCCUCCACCCUAGAAAGUGUGAGGCAGUAAAGCCAGAAGAGGACGCCGCCGCUGUUACCGCCGUCUUCCAGGUGCCACCAUCAGCAGCAUCAUCAUCAGCAGCAGCAUCAUCAGCAGCAGCAUCAUCAGCAGCAGCAGCAUCAGCAGCAGCAGCAGCAUCAUCAGCAGCAGCAUCAUCAGCAGCAGCAGCAGCAGCAUCAGCAGCAGCAGCAGCAGCAGCAUCAUCAGCAGCAGCAGCAGCAGCAUCAGCAGCAGCAGCAGCAGCAGCAUCAUCAGCAGCAGCAGCAUCAUCAGCAGCAGCAGCAUCAUCAGCGGCAUCAUCAACAACAUCAACAACAUAAAAACCAGCGCUUUUGGUCUGGAGAUUCUUUUCUCAAGAGCGGGAAAAAAAAGAUGAAGAAUCUCCAGACCAUCCCCGGCAGAAGCAGAAGUUACUCCAAUUAACUUCUUUAUAUACCUUAUAGCAACAGGAAGCAACAGAUACCAAUCUACUAACAAGCAACAGACUAAUCUACUAACAAGCAACAGUUACUAACCUACUAACAAGCAACGGGAACUAACCUACUAACAAGCAACGAGAACUAACCUUACUGGCAACUAACUUGAUUAGCAGAAACAGAAACAAAAUCCGAAACCUGGAUCAGUAUUAGGAUCAGUAUUAGGAUCAGUAUUAGGAUCAGUAUCAGGAUCAGUAUCAGGAUCAGUAUCAGUAUCAGGAUCAGUAUUAGGAUCAGUAUCAAGAUCAAGAUCAAUGCCAGGGUCAUGGAUAAGGAUAUGAUUAGGAUCAGGGUCAGGGUCAGGGUCAGGACCAGAAGGAAGGAAGGAUAGAUAAAAUAAAAAAUUAGAAUAUAUAUAUAUAUAUAUAAAUAAAUAUUAUUUAUUUUAUUAUUUAUUUUAUUAUUAUUAUUAUUAUUAUUAUUAUUAUUAUGAGAGAAAUAUAUCUAUUUUACAAUUGCGGCAACAUAAG